AUGGCGGAUGGCGGCGGCGCGUUUGGCGCCGAGAAGGACGGCCAUGUGGGCGGGUCGAGCGUCCCCAGCGCGGAGCGGUCGCGACGGCAGGUCCGGCCGCGAUUGGUCGGGCAGAUCGGGCGAGACGGACGGUCAAGAUUCAACAAAUCGAAGGACGGCACGCUGCAAGCCCCCGAGCCUCCGCCGCUCUUCCCGUACCGAGAGGGCGAGGGCAUGCCGGACCUCUCCAAGCUGCUUCGGCACUCCGACUGCCUCACCCACUGCCCCCCUGCGUCCUCCGACCUCCCUGCUUCUGCUGCUGCUUCUGGUGACGCUGGUGGUGAUGCUGGUGGUGGGAAAGUGGGGCCUGGGGUGCGGUCGCGGCAGCUGUGGGGCACGGACGUGUACACUGACGACUCGGAUAUCGUCGCAGUGCUGAUGCAUGUGGGGUACAUCACACCUGUCUCAGUGCCGCCACCCGCAUCCAUAGCUGAGCUUCGAGCAACCAUUCGCGUGCUGCCACCUCAGCCCUCCUACCGCUCCUCUUCGCGCAACAGCAUGCGGUCCCGGGCAUGGGGGUCAGGCAAAGGCACAUGCAGCUAUGCAGUAGAGAGCUGCAGAAUCAUCAAGCACGACGGCACCAGCAUCGACCUGGAAGCUUCCUCCGCCCGCACACCCCCUGUGGGGCCCACACUUGUACCCGCAGCAGUCGAGCGCACCAUGACCACCCGUGCUUCCUCCUCCGUGCGGAACGCGCACAGGCACCAGCGCUUUGUGCAAGAAGUGACUCUGCAGUACAACCUCUGCAAUGAGCCCUGGCUCAAGUAUUCAAUGGCGAUUAUUGCAGACCACGGGUUGAAGCGGCCUCAGUACACGUCAGCGCGACUCAAGCGGGCCGAAGUGCUGUAUCUUGAAACGGCCACGCACAGGUUUGAGUUGAGCUACGAGCCUUUGUCCGCUCGCAAGUCUGAUGGAGCUGCUGCUGCUGGUGAUGGUGGUGAUGCUGAUGCUGGUGCUGCUGGUGUGGUAAGGGAGGGAGGGGUAGAUGCUGGUGGAGACAAGGAGGAGCAAGGUGGGGGAGCAGGGGAGAGGAGGGAGAGAGAAAAAGGGGCGGCAGAUGAGGGAGAGGGAGCCGAGGGGCCUAAGGGAGCAAAGGAGAAGCCAAGUGAGGGAGGAUCAGAGAGCAAAGCAGCAGACGGAGAAGGGAAGGAGCACCCAGAAGCUCCACCUCACCCCCCAUCCAAGGCACACACAAGCACCGCUGCAGCAGCAGCCAAUGCUGCAAACGCCAACUCUCCCAACACAAACAGCCCCUCUGCAGCCCCCUCUACAGCAGCAGCAGCAGCAACAGCAGUAGGAACAGCAGCAGGGGGCAAUCUGAGUGGCUCGAAACGACCCUUCUCUCUCUUCUCCUCUCCUCCCGGGGUCCUAGGCAACAGCAGCACCAAUCCUGAAACCCAGUGGGUGCUGCCUCAGAGUGCGUUGGCACAGGUGCAUGGGAAGGGCAAGGGGCCGAGAGACACGUACCGGUGGACCCAGUGUGUUCCACCCCUUCCACUGGAUCAACUGCGCUCCCACGGCUGCCCUCUCCCUGCCGCUUUCACCAAGAUUCUUGAGAGUGGCCUGGCGUGGGACGAGGUUCAGUGGGCGCCUGGGGGGUGUGGGUGCGGGGCCUGCAUUACCCCGUGGGUGUGGGUGCGAGGGCUGCAUCACCCUGUGGUUAGAGCGCACUUCAUGCCUCGCAAAUCCUUCUCCUCUCGCUGUUAUGCUUUUUAUACUAGGUAUACUUGA